AAAACACUGAUUUAUGCAUUUUUGUUGCUGUUACGUAUUACUAUUACUGUUACGUGAAGCAAAACUGGAAUCCAGUUGACGAUGCAACACAAGCGAUCAAACAAUUUUUGGUUUUCAUGAAGCAACACAAUCUCGACACGAUAUCGUUUAGACGAUUGUCGUCAUACGUGAUUCAGGCCCUGUUGCCUGUCUGUAGCACGCUUAAAUGAUAUGUCUGUCGGACUAUCGAUAGUACCUAAUUAUAAGCGAUACUAGCGAAAAAUAUAUGUAUAGAUACUAUCGAUAGUUUUGCAUUUUUAGUUUAAUUAUACCCAAUACCUCUUGUUUACAAACAAAAAAUCAAGAUGGAAAAUAAAUUAGAAAGCGCCGCAGUUGCGCCCAUAACUGCAGGUGUGCAAAUAGAUUCAUUAAGCAGUACAGGUUCUUCGAUUUCUACUAGCUCCGCAUCAAUUUCUACAAAGACGGCAUUGAAUGACUGCUCUAUUGCCUGGAUAACUUAUUUAAAUGCGUUAAACAAUUUAUGUACGGCUGGAAGUAAAUUGGGUAGCGCGUUGACGGU